AUGGAUCUUCCUUACAGUACUGAAGUGAUGGUGGUACUACUCCCGCCUAAGUUCAAGGUCCCCUUGAUCGACAUGUAUGAUGGGUCUAGGGAUCCCAUGGACCAUUUGGAAAACUUUAAAGCGCAUAUGAUCCUUCACGGUUUUCUAGGUGAGGUGGCCUGCCUCGCCUUCUCUCUAACCUUGAAAGGGAUAACACGAGGUUGGUUUGGAACUUUGCACCCAGGAACCAUUAACAACUUCGAUGAGCUAGCCAAGCUAUUUUUAACUCAGUUCAUGGCGAGUAGGCAUCACUGGCGCCCUACAGCUUACCUUCUAACUAUCAAGCAAAAGGAAGGGGAGAGUUUAAAAGCGUAUCUGACCAGAUUUAAUAAAGAAAAUUUGACCACCAAUGACCAGGACGAGAAGAUCAUACUCGCUGCCUUGUUAGGAGGUAUAUGGCCCCGAAGUCUGUUCAUGAUCGAGCUGGCCAAGAAAGCUCCCUCUACCUUAAGGGAGUUCAUGGAUAGGGCUGAUGACUACAUCAAUGCAAAAGACAUAUUACAAGCUCUAUUAGAGUCAAGAAAGAAAGAAACAAGGCAUGGCUCGAAAGGUUCAAAUAGGGAUAGGAAGACAAGUUUGAACCAAGGAACGGGAGGGGGGGUGAAAGAUACCCCACCCAGCAGGAUCAAGGGCCUCGCCUCAUCCACAAUAACCUAA